GUACAACUUGCCAAAUGCCAUAUCAGCGUGUCGGAAAGAACCACCGAAUGCGAAAGAGAGAGAGAGAGAGAGAGAGAGAGAGAGAGAGAUACUGGUGCUGUUUCUGAUCUCUCUUGUCCGAUCGCAAGCAGAUUGGUCUGUAAAGGGCGGUAGACUGUUGAGGCGGUGUUGGUAAUAGGAAGAGGAGUAAAGAAAAUUAACUCAAAACAAGAGGAGAGGGAGAGAAGGGAUGGUAGGGCGGUGGCGGUCGAGCGCGGCGGCGGCGGCGGGGUGGGUGGUGGCGGUGGCGCUGGUGUGGGCCACGGCGCUGAUGCUCCCGAGCUCCGCCGGCGAUCCCUUCGCUUACUUCGAUUGGGAUGUCUCCUACAUCACCGCUUCCCCUCUCGGCGUCCCCCAGAAGGUGAUCGCGAUCGCGAAGCAGUUUCCCGGCCCCAUUAUGAACGUUACCACCAACUGGAAUGUGGUCGUUAACGUACUCAACAGCUUGGAUGAGCCUGUCCUCCUGACCUGGGACGGAAUCCAGCACCGGAAGAACUGCUGGCAGGAUGGGGUGAUGGGCACCAACUGCCCUAUCCCCCCGGGCUGGAACUGGACCUUCCAGUUCCAGGUGAAGGACCAGAUCGGCAGCUUCUUCUACUUCCCCUCCCUCGGCCUCCAGCGAGCUGCUGGUGGCUAUGGUGGGAUCACUGUCAACAACCGUGAAGUCAUCGCCGUGCCAUUUGGGAAGCCAGAUGGGGACAUCACCCUCUUUAUCGGGGAUUGGUACAUCAAGAACCACACGGACCUGAGGAAGGCGCUCGAUGAUGGGAAGGACCUCGGAAUGCCUGAUGGAGUUCUGAUGAAUGGGAAGGGGCCGUAUCGUUAUAAUACUACGCUUGUUCCUGAUGGGAUUGAUUAUGAAACCAUCAACAUAGAACCGGGCAAAACAUAUCGCUUCCGUGUUCACAAUGUUGGCAUCUCAACUAGCUUGAACUUCAGAAUUCAAAAUCACAACCUUCUUCUUGUGGAGACAGAAGCAUCAUACACUGUGCAACAGAAUUAUACCAACCUCGAUAUCCAUGUUGGUCAGUCAUACUCCUUCUUGGUUACCAUGGAUCAGAAUGCAAGCAGUGACUACUACAUUGUAGCAAGUGCUAGGUUCCUAAAUGAGUCACUAUGGAGUAGAGUUACUGGUGUUGCCAUUUUGCACUACUCAAAUUCCAAAGGCAUGGCAUCUGGUCCUCUUCCUGAUUCCCCUAACGAUUUCUAUGAUAAGACCUUUUCGAUGAACCAAGCCAGAUCUAUCAGGAUGAAUGUAAGUGCUGGUGCUGCACGUCCUAAUCCUCAAGGAUCAUUUAGAUAUGGUUCGAUUGAUGUGACCCAGGUGUAUGUUUUGAGAAAUAUGCCUCCUGUGAUCAUCAAUGGAAAACGCAGGGCUACACUAAAUGGUAUAUCAUAUUCUCCUCCUGUUACUCCUCUAAGGCUUGCUGAUGAGUACAACAAGCAGGGAGUUUAUACACUUGAUUUCCCCAUUAGACCACUCAAUAGACCACCUCAACUUGGAACGUCUGUGAUCAAUGGCACGUACAAGGGUUUCAUGGAAAUUAUAUUCCAAAACAAUGAUACUAUGGUUCAGACAUACCACAUGGAUGGAUAUGCAUUCUUUGUAGUGGGGAUGGAUUAUGGUGAGUGGACAGAGAACAGUAGGGGUACAUACAACAAGUGGGAUGGUGUUUCUCGCUGCACAACACAGGUUUUCCCAGGGGCAUGGACUGCUGUCCUAGUCUCACUGGAUAGUGUAGGUUUUUGGAAUGUACGAGUGGAGAAUCUUGAUACAUGGUACCUUGGCCAGGAGGUGUAUGUAAGAGUCGUCAAUCCUGAAGACAAUUCAAACAGGACAGAGUUGCCAAUGCCAGAUAGUGUCCUCUAUUGCGGUCUCCUCAAAGAUAAGCAGAAGCAGCAGAUUCCUCAUGGCUCUCAAACUUCAUCUUUUUUCAUCACAUAUGUAAGGGGCAUGCUGCUUUCAUCAAUGAUGAUUUUGGCUUCAGUUGCCAUUUUCCCAUAAUUAGUUGAGGUUAGACCGUAAGUGUGUUUGAUAGGGGGCAUUUUUAACCCCUUUGAGCAGCGUGACUUGUUUUAAGUAACUUAGGAGAGUCGAGGUUCUUAGGUCUGCAAAUCAUGUCAAUUUGAUGUUAAAUUAUUGUGCUUCUUAUGAUCUCCAUGCUUCUUUUGUGAUCAUUCAUUUAGCCAUCGAAAAUUACUGAUCAUUUGUCAAUGCAACUUUCAGUUCUUGUUCAAGUUCUUGCCGGUGAGGCAUGG